GGAGAAUCCAUAAGAAUUCUGCGCCGUGGCUCAACUUAUAUAACAAGCAGAUCCUAGUCGUAGAGUUGCUGUCAUAUUAUAUCAGAGCCGAGUCGAGACAAGAAAUGUGACAAUAAUUAUUCUGGCAUCAACAUAUAUAUGUGCAAGUAGUGCCAGCAAAUCUCGAGAGUUUCCUCCCAUCCACAUCCUCGGAUCAUAGCCAUGUCUGGCGUUCGCAAUAUUACGGUUCCAUGGGUACCGUUAGACGAGUUCGAUUGGUCGUUCGCGCGCACCGGCCCGCUGCCCUGGAACCUGACGGUCUGGUGUCUUCUCGCCGUCUUCACGUCCCUCCCAAUCUGGAUGACCGUCGAGCUGACCGCCUGGGUCCUCUAUGCUUUCGAGCGAUGGAGCGGGAUUUAUUUCUGGUCCGUUCUCGCUACGACGUGGGGCUUGACGAUCCGCGCCAUCGGUUUCCUCCUCAAGUUCUGCGUGCCGCAGGCGAACUGGAUAUUGACAUAUGUGCUAUCCGAGGUUGGUUGGGUCAUGAUGGUGACUGGUUUUAGCAUCGUCCUGUGGUCCCGGCUACACCUCGUGAUUUCGCCAGGCACGCCGAUCCUGCGUAUCGUGCUCGCCAUGAUCAUAGUCGAUGGGUUCUUAUUUCACGUGCCAACCGUUAUAUUUCAGUACUUUAUAUCCAACGCAGCGACGCAUGCGAAAUAUCUUCCCUACAUGAAUGUGAUGGAGCGUGUCCAGGUCUUGGCAUUCUCGGUGCAGGAGACUAUCAUCUCCUCCAUCUAUAUCUGGGGAACGGUGCAGAUGUUCAAGUUGUCACUCAACGCUAAGGCUAAGAACACAUUAGCAUUUCUUAUUAUCGUCCAGGUAGCUGUGGUUCUGGCCGACAUACCCGUCAUCGUGCUCGACUACUGUAACUACUUCACGCUUAAGGCCGUCAUACACUCGUUUAUCUACGCUUUUAAACUACAGAUAGAAUUUGUCGUUUUAAACGAAUUCAAGCAUCUCGCCAACGGCGGGAUCACAGGUGCUAAUGGGUCCUUUGGAAGAGGAUCCAAUGAUUUCUCACAAUUCCAUGCUGGACCUCUAGAUAUACCGAAAGGGAACAGUACUGGCGCAUAUAACAACUCGGGCGUGUCGGUGGUUGUGUCAGCUGGUGGGCCGCCAUCGUCAAGAGUAAAUCGAUCCGAUUCAUCUGGGACACAUGGCCAGCGUGCAGAGCAACCCGAUGCUCUUGAAGCUCAAUACCUAGGGAGGUAUGGUGUGGCUAUGUGACCUUUAUACACUCGAUCAGUUUUAUAGAUUCCUCCACUAUUAUUCCAAGUUAGCAGAUACCCUUUAUGAUAACAGCAUAUAUCUUUCUCUAUACCUAGGUAUGGGUCUUGAGUGCACGGAAGAGAUGUAAUAUAAUGUUGUAUCUUGGAAUUUAUAGAUUUCGAGUGGCUUCCUAUUCCAAUACUCUAAACCCCAGCUAGCGCUGAACUUCCUUAGGAUGUCACUCCUUUGACGUUAAAAGUUGUUCUGGGCAUCAUCUCCUAGGGUACGCUGUUAUUCCCCAUCACUAUAUCUCGUUGUA